UCAGGAUCUCCGCGUCUGACCCGGGAAAGGAUGGCCGGAAACGAGACGACGCCAGCCGGGACCCUCAGAGAGUACUACGACCAGUUUUCCUGGGCCCUGGAAUACGGCUCGGACAAGCGGGUGAAGGGAUGGUUCCUGAUGAGCAGCCCGGUCCCGACCACGGUCGCGUGUAUCGCCUACGUCCUCUUCAUGAAGUGGAUCGGGCCGCGGCUCAUGAGGGACAGGGAACCCCUCCAGCUCAAGAACCUCAUGGUUGCCUACAACAUCUUCCAGAUCCUCUUCAACGUCUUCAUUCUCAGUCUGGGCAUCGACAGCUGGCUCUUUGAAUAUUCGCUCACAUGCCAACCCGUGGAUUACAGCCUCAGGCCUCGCGCCGUUCGGAUGGUUCACGCGGCUUGGUGGUUUUAUUUCUCCAAGUUCGUCGAUUGGUUCGACACGUUAUUCUUCAUCUUGCGGAAGAAGUUCGACCAAGUCAGUCUUCUGCACAUCGUGCACCAUGGAAUCAUGCCCUUCAGCUGUUGGUUUGGGGUCAAAUUCACGCCAGGUGGUCACAGCACCUUCUUUGGCUUACUCAAUACCCAAGUGCACAUCAUCAUGUACCUAUACUACACAUUGGCUGCAUUGGGACCCAAGUACAGGAAGUACCUUUGGUGGAAGCAGCACCUCACUACCAUUCAGAUGGCAACUGUCUUUGUGCAUGCAGUACAGCUCCUGUUUGUGGAAUGUGACUACCCAAAAGUCUUCGUAUAUGUGCUCAUGAGUCAUGCUAUCAUGUUCACCUUCCUCUUCUUGGAUUUCUACAAGAAGAGCUACAUGCACCAAGACAAAAGAAAGGCACAGAGGGUGUCCAAUGGUGUGCCUGUACCAAUCAAGUCUUCUUCUGAAGAAAAUUCAAGGGGUAAGAAAGAUGGCAAGAAUGAAAAGGGUGCCAAUGGGAUCACAAAUGGAAUUCACCACAAUGAUGAAGGACUGCGAAAGAGGGCCACAGUCAAGACAGUCAGCCAGGAUAUCUCCCAAGUUGUUAAUACAGAGUCUGGCAAAGAAGAAUCAGAGGCAACAAGUCUCAGGGCAAAGGUCCCUUCUCUGGCCAAACAGAUCCUAUCUUUCAACCCAGGGAUCUGCUUCCCAGUUAUACAUGAUGCUUCUGACCACUGACCCGCAAGGCUAAAUUGAAUCAUGAAAGAAGACUUGAUGUUAUAGUCCUUCAUCAAUGAUGGAGGGUAGGGUUCGCCCUGAGGAAAUUAUGGCUCCAGCUCUUGGAGCCAUAGUUGUUGACUCAUGCAAUGCUUUUUUGGUACACUGCCUUUCAAUUAUGAGUGCUUGAUUGACAGCGAUCCUAUACAUUGUAUUUUGCCAAUUUUAUCUGGCUAGGAGACUGAGUAUUUCUGAUGGUAGUUAUAUAUUGCCAUUUGCAAUCAUCAGGAAGUUCAAAGAAGCACAGCUCUGCUAUGAGUACCAAUCUAUGUAUCCAUCUAUUCUCAGGUUAUUUUUCCUUCUCUCCAUCUCACUUUGUAUAUCCUCUUGUGACCGAAAUCCCGGUGCUUCUUGUUAUCUUCAUUUGUUUUCUGAGAUUAGUGUUUCAUGAAUGAACAACAGACCC